AUGCUCCCGGGUGGCCGCAGGCCUUCUCAAAUCUUUACCAGCACCCAGGUGAGGACGACCCGUUUCCCCGAAUCGGGUGACGGCGCCCGAUGGUCCAGUCGGGGGGAGCUGACCGGCUGGAGGCCGGGACCCAGCAUCCGGCAGAGGAGAAGCGAACCUAAGCUUAGGCCUAGCUGCUUCUCGCGUCCUCCCGGGCCUGCCAUGCUCGUCAGAGCUAACCAGAAACCCAGUAGCCCCGACGGGCAAGGCACACCGCAGCUCCACCCCGGUGCCCUAGUGCGCACCACGGGCACACCAGGGGCACAGCUACCACCACCACCCCCGCGAGGUGUCUCCUUCUCCCCACCCGGAGCCCCGGCUGAAGACGACUUUCUUCUACAGCCAGGAGGCAUUCUCCACGUCUUCCGCGCUGCUGGAGGCCUCGCGAGUCCUUCCCACCUCCCUUCCUUGGACGGCGGCGACCGGGGGCCCCUCCACACCCACCCUGGCCGGGGAGGGGGGGAGGGAGGGCUCGGGCCCCUCUCUGCUCAUUGGCUGAGCGAGGCGUCGGGUGGAAUUCUGCAUCUCCUGGCUCUCGAUGACCUGGCCCGCACGCCUAUGGACCCGGACCCCGUUCCGGGCCCGGCUGGCCCUGGCUGUGACCAGCACCCGGACAGGACAGCCAAGCCUGUCCCUGGCAAACCAGUGUCGCCCAGUGCUGCCGCCCCCACUGCCUGUGACCCUCCCCUAACUUCUGCAAAGUCUUCCCUCAGCACAUCCGGCAAACGCCAGGCAGGACCCGGGCGAGGACGGCGCCAUGAGCACCGCCACACCCCCGCUGCAAGGGGCCAACAGGCGGCGCCACACCAGGAACCGCACGAGGGGGCCGGCGGGGACCUCCCGACCCGCGCCCCUUUCCCACGGGUGGAAACGGGCAGAGUCCGAGACCCGUGUCCACGCCCUGCGGGAAGCCGCAGCUUUGGGAGCAAGCCCGCCCUCUCCGGGCCGCCCCGGGCGGAGGCGUCCCCACCCCCUGCGUCCGGGGCCCCGAGGGCGCGGGCGCGCGGGAGCCGCUCUCCUCUCCUGGGCCCCACAGCCAGCGUCCAGGGCGAAGCAAAUCCCCCCGCGGAGCGCGAGGCUCGCUCCCGCCCCGCCGCGCCCCGCUCCAGACCCUGGGGAUUCCACAGGAGUCCCCGCGCCCCGCCAAGGCGCCCCGCCAAGGAGCCCCGCGCCCCGCCACGGGCCCCGCACCCCGCCAAGGCGCCCCGCACCCCGCCAAGGCGCCCCGCACCCCGCCAAGGGGCCCCGCGCCCCGCCAAGGCGCCCCGCCAAGGCGCCCCGCCAAGGAGCCCCGCGCCCCGCCACGGGCCCCGCACCCCGCCAAGGCGCCCUGCACCCCGCCAAGGCGCCCCGCACCCCGCCAAGGAGCCCCGCCAAGGAGGCCCGCGCCCCGCCAAGGGGCCCCGCGCCCCGCCAAGGAGCCCCGCGUCCCGCCAAGGCGCCACGCCAAGGAGCCCCGCGCCCCGCCAAGGGGCCCCGCGCCCCGCCACGGGCCCCGCACCCCGCCACGGGCCACGCGCCCCGCCACGGGCCCCGCACCCCGCCAAGGGGCCCCGCGGCGGGGAACCCCCGCGCCGCCGCAGUUUCCCUGGAAGGCGAGGGAGGGGCCGCGGCGGGGACGCCAGGGGCCGGGCCCCGGGCUGCGCACGGUCGUCCCGGGCCCCGCGGCGGCCGCCCUCCCCCGCCCCCGCCCCCGACUCACCGGCCCCCAGGUCCCCCGGCGCCGCAGGGCAGAAGAGCAGCGAAGCGCCCGGCAGCCCAGAGCAGAGCUGA